ACCACAGCAUGCAAGUCACCACCAGCUUUGAAGAUCGAGUGGACUUUGCCUCACAUCUGCUGGCUGAUGCCUUUGAGCACGACCCGUCCAUCAACUAUUGUCUACGGUCUUUUGGCUCAGAGCAACGCAGCAAAUGUCGCCAGGAACUAUUUGAUGCGCUUCUCACCUCUGCCAUCUCAAGAAAUGCCAGCAUUGAAGAGGCCGGCGGCUUCAGGUCGUGUGGAGUUCUCGUUCCGCCAAAGGAUCAAUCCUUGCCUAGCUCUAAUUCAAAGGCAAGGCUUGUUGCUGCAGGACUUGAGAGUUGCUUGGCGAAUAUUCAUGAUAUUUCUUCCCAGACGAAGCCCUGCAGGGAUCUGGUCAUGAAAGGGGAAGACAGAUAUUUCUAUAUCUUCUUCCUGGGCACCCCCACAGCGGAACGGGGUAAGGGCCUCUGUUCAGCGAUCAUUAGACAUUAUCAAUCCAUCGCGGCAGAGCAGAAGCUGCCUAUCUAUCUGGAGGCCGGGACUGAAUACUGCCGGUCACUCUAUGAAUCGCUUGGCUUUACAGUUGUCGGUGAAAUUGUCAUUGGAAAAGGGAAAGCUGCUGCAGAUGGAAUGGUGGAAAUCGGCGGUCCUGGCUUCCAGGUGUGGGGGAUGAUCUGGGUCAAUAGGUAAUAUUUAGAAGAUCAGUAUUGAUUGAAUAAAAUAAUAAUAUUGACUGACGUUUAAGGA